AUGAGUGUCAUUGAAAUCAAUCAUUCAUUAAUUCACAUAUUUCUGAGAUACACGAACUAAAUUUGAAUCAGCUCGAGUCUUCAAAAUUGAGUUUCCCGAAAGUUUUUCCGCGAAGUUUUGAGCGCUGGCAGGCGAUGGCUUGGAGGAGAUGCCUCUCUACGGCCCUCUCAAGAUCAUGGAGACCUCAGCCUCAGCAUUGCCUUUCUUUCUCGUCUACUGCUGAUGGGGUUGCAUCUUCAGUUGAUUCAGUCAGUAAAAGAAGAUUUACAAGAAAAGCUAUUUCAUUUGUAUUGCUCGGCGUCACAGGGGGUUUUGUUUUAAGUGCUUUUGAUGAUUUUGCAGUCUACCAUAAAUGUAGCAGUAAGGCCUUAGAGAAAGCGAUUAGUAAUGAAAGAAUCCAAGAGGCCAUAGGAGAGCCAAUUGCGAGGGGUGCGUGGUAUAACGCAACUUUGGCACUGGCUAAUAAGAAAAAUUCGGUAUCAUGCACAUUUCCUAUUAUUGGUCCAAAAGGACGUGGAAUCGUUCAGGUCAAGGCAGUUAGCUGUAGAGAAAAUAACUGGCAUGACUAUUUGCCUGGGUACCUACGAUGGGAAAUCAUAUUCUUGGAAGCACUUGUACAUGCUCCAACAGAUGAAGAAAACACACAUACGUUUCGGAUAAAUCUCAUGAAAACUCCAAAUUUGCUAGAAAACAAAGAUUGCAAAGAAUGUAAACUCGUGACCUCUUGACCCGAAUCCUGAUUAUGAAUAGGGGAUAGAGGAAACUACAUACCUUUAUAUAAUAAAUGUUUGAGUUGAAUGAUUGCAAAUAAAUUCACCAGAUUAUGAAGUUUGAGAUCAGACCCGUAUAAGCAAUUUUAAAUUUUCCACUUGGAUGAAAUCUACAAGGUGGAUGCUGUACAAUGUGAAAUGAGUAGAAAUUGGGUGAGAUUUUGCCUUUGAUUGAGAAUAUAUUUAUACUGCAAUGUCAACCAUCCUAACAUUCUUCCAAUCAAAAGUUGUGUCUGAAAGUUCAGUUGUAUAUUAAUGUACUGAUUACGAAACUAGGGGUUUCAGAUUUGAUGUUGAUUUGUUGAAAUCUUGAAAAAAUUUGCUUUUAAGAAGUUUGAAUGAGUUUCAUUGAA